AUUUCCCCCCUCGUUCCCGGUCGCCGUCAUUGACGUCCUCGAGCUCUGCUGCCAUACGCCUUGCACGUUCACCUGCUGUCUGUAUUGUUAUCGCUAUUAACCUUUCUCCAUUCCAUCACGUAAAUAUCAUGAGUUUCACGUUCGGUGGCAAGUACAAGCUCGAGGAGGAAAUCGCCAUUGGCGGUUGCGGGACUGUCUUCCUUGGCGUGCACACCAUUGCUGGCAAGGAGGUGGCCAUCAAGGUCGAGCCUGCUGUGGCAAAGCAUAGUCUGCUCAAGCAGGAGUCGAAGAUAUACAAGACGCUCGUCGGCGCUCCUGGCGUGCCGUGGAUAUUAUGGUCCGGCAAGCAAGGAGACUACAAUGUCAUGAUUAUCGACCUCCUCGGGCCUUCGUUGGAGGACCUCUUCAAGAUGUGCAAUAGACACUUCUCCCUCAAGACCGUGCUCUUGCUAGCCGAUCAACUUCUUUCUCGCAUCGAAUAUCUUCAUUCACGCGACCUGGUCCACCGUGACAUCAAGCCUGCCAACUUCGUCAUGGGCACUAACAAUUCCGCUCAUCUGGUCAACGUCAUUGACUUUGGCCUGGCCAAAAAAUACCGCGACCCGCGGACAACGCUUCACAUCCCAUACAAACAAGAUGACCAUCACGGCGUUGGAACUUCUCUCUUCGCCUCGAUAAAUACGCAUCUUGGGAUUGAGUCAUCCAGACGCGAUGACCUCGAGUCUCUCGCAUACAUGCUCAUAUACUUCCUCCGCGGCUACCUGCCGUGGCGCAAGCUCAAAGGCGAGACGACCGCCGAAACGUGGAACGUCAUCCGCGACAGCAAGCUCGAGUGCGAGAACCUGCUCACCGUCGGGCUCCCGCAGGAGUUCGACAUCUUCUACAAGUACGCGCGGGGCCUCGAGUUCGACAACCUGCCCGACUACCAGGGGCUGCGCGACCUCUUCAAGGGGCUCGCGAAGAAGCACAGCAUCGAGUACGACUUUGUCUACGACUGGACGCUCGGGAAGCAGAAGCAUCGCAAGCGGUUUUGCGAGGCUUGCAACGCGCGGCGGGCGCGCGCCCGCUCGUGUUAGCGGUGCUGUAACAUAACAUCAGGCGCCCAAGAACACAGGCUAUGCACAUAAUCCCAUCCGACACUUGGUCUCCAAACUAGGCCAUGUGUGUUAAGAUACGAAAUUUCUUGCUAAUCAUGCGGCUUCGUGAGGAUGCCGGCGGGGCGGCCCAGGCAUCGAAGCUACGUUCAUGAUAUUACGACCAGAGCUCUUCAAGAAUGUGGAGGAGGACGUGGCGGAGUUUUGUCGAUCCUUUUCGACAUUUUCCGUCGCGCUUUGCACUGUUGGAGCUAUGAGAGAGCACUUUCCACCUCGCUUGCGGGUGGAUGGGUGUUUGUGAGGGGUGCGGUGUGGCGGGAGGCGCGAUGAUACGAGCAGUUAUGCAGUCCAUAUGUAUACAUGCCUAUAUGCCCUAUGCUAUCCCAUCCGUCGAGUCCGC